GGGGAGACCGGGAGGGAGCCUGCCCCCAGAGAUGACACGCACCGCUUCCUUCUUGUUCCCUGCUUUCGAGUUUGCUUUAUUCCCAUCCCAACCUGGCUUACUCCCUCCUCUGCUUCCCCCUCCAUCUCGCCGUGUUCCCUCCUCCCGGUUGCGUUGCAAAACACGGCCAUGCCAUCUGCAAAGGUGUCGCGAUGCACUUCCCCAAAUAACCAGUCCGGCGCUCCAGCCCGUAGUCACCCUCCGUCUGCGGGCGCACACCAAGUGGGGCGCCCUGGGUGCCCUGCACCAGGCCUCGCAGCCUGGGCGCAGUUGCACCGCGCGGGGCGGGGCGCAGCAGUGCGGGCUCCAGGGGGACAACCGCUCCUGGGUCCCGACACUUGGACCGGUUUCCGGCACACGCGGGGAAAUUGCCUCCCGCCAGUGUCUGCGCACUCGCCUCCGCCUCCACCGCCUGGAUUGCAUUAUUAUUUUUAUCCUGGUUGCAGUUUGCAGCCGAUCCUGUAUCACUGUACCGACUGGCAGAGACAGGAGAAGUAGAUGUCCACACCCACAGACCCUGGCGCGAUGCCCCACCCGGGGCCUUCGCCAGGGCCGGGACCCUCUCCUGGACCCAUUCUUGGGCCCAGUCCGGGACCUGGACCAUCCCCUGGUUCCGUCCACAGUAUGAUGGGGCCAAGUCCGGGGCCUCCUAGUGUCUCACACCCUAUGCCGUCGAUGGGGUCUGCUGACUUCCCUCAGGAAGGCAUGCAUCAGAUGCACAAGCCCAUGGAUGGUAUGCACGACAAGGGGGUUGAAGAUAUCCAUUGUGGAUCCAUGAAAGGCACUGCUAUGCGACCACCUCACCCAGGAAUGGGCCCUCCUCAGAGUCCGAUGGAUCAGCACAGCCAAGGUUACAUGUCACCGCACCCGUCUCCGCUGGGAGCCCCAGAGCAUGUGUCCAGCCCUAUAUCAGGAGGCGGCCCGACCCCACCACAGAUGCCACCGAGCCAGCCAGGACCCCUCAUCCCAGGCGACCCUCAGGCGAUGAACCAACCCAACAGGGGUCCCUCUCCUUUCAGUCCCGUCCAGCUGCAUCAGCUCCGAGCCCAGAUUUUAGCUUACAAGAUGCUGGCCCGGGGCCAGCCCCUCCCCGAAACACUGCAGCUUGCAGUCCAGGGGAAAAGGACGUUGCCUGGCAUGCAGCAACAGCCGCCGCCACAGCCCCAACCCCAGCCUCAGCCGCAGCAGCCGCAGCCGCAGCAGCAGGCCCUUGUUAACUACAACAGACCAUCUGACCACGAGUGUGCUGGUUGUCAAGAGAUGCUUUCUGCUGAUACAGAACAAACCCAUUCAGGCAGCUCAACGCUCCUAAAAGACAAGCAGAACCCCUCAUGGUUAGGCCCGGGGCCAGAGCUGAGCGGCCCGAGCCCCCCGCAGAAGCUGCCGGUGCCCGCUCCCAGCGGCCGGCCCUCACCUGCGCCUCCCGCCGCAGCGCCACCGCCCGCGGCUGCCGUGCCCGGACCCUCCGUACCGCAGCCGGCCCCGGGGCAGCCCUCACCCAUCCUGCAGCUGCAGCAGAAGCAGAGCCGGAUCAGCCCUGUCCAGAAACCGCAAGGCCUGGACCCCGUGGAGAUUAUGCAGGAGCGGGAGUACAGACUUCAGGCUCGCAUAGCCCAUAGGAUACAGGAGCUGGAAAAUCUGCCUGGCUCUUUGCCACCAGACUUACGAACCAAAGCAACCGUGGAACUGAAAGCACUUCGGUUACUCAAUUUCCAACGUCAGCUGCGACAGGAGGUGGUGGCCUGCAUGCGACGGGACACGACCCUGGAGACGGCCCUCAACUCCAAAGCGUACAAGCGGAGCAAGCGCCAGACCCUGAGGGAAGCCCGCAUGACGGAGAAGCUGGAGAAGCAGCAGAAGAUUGAGCAGGAGCGGAAGCGAAGGCAGAAGCACCAGGAAUACCUGAACAGUAUUUUGCAACAUGCAAAAGACUUUAAGGAGUAUCAUCGGUCUGUGGCUGGCAAGAUCCAGAAGCUUUCCAAAGCAGUGGCCACCUGGCAUGCCAACACCGAAAGGGAGCAGAAGAAAGAGACGGAGCGGAUUGAGAAGGAGAGAAUGCGGAGGCUGAUGGCUGAAGAUGAAGAGGGCUAUAGAAAACUGAUCGAUCAAAAGAAAGACAGGCGUUUAGCAUACCUCUUGCAGCAGACUGAUGAGUAUGUGGCCAACCUGACUAACCUGGUUUGGGAGCACAAGCAAGCCCAGGCGGCCAAAGAGAAGAAGAAGAGGAGGAGGAAGAAGAAGAAGGCUGAAGAGAACGCAGAAGGAGGGGAGUCUGCCCUGGGACCAGAUGGAGAACCCAUAGAUGAGAGCAGCCAGAUGAGUGACCUCCCCGUCAAAGUGACUCACACAGAAACUGGCAAGGUCCUGUUUGGCCCAGAAGCACCCAAAGCAAGUCAGCUGGAUGCCUGGUUGGAAAUGAAUCCUGGUUACGAAGUUGCCCCUAGAUCGGACAGUGAAGAGAGUGAUUCUGAUUAUGAGGAGGAGGAUGAGGAGGAAGAGUCCAGCAGGCAGGAAACUGAAGAGAAAAUACUUCUGGAUCCAAACAGCGAGGAGGUUUCGGAGAAGGAUGCCAAGCAGAUCAUCGAGACAGCUAAGCAGGAUGUGGACGACGAGUACAGCAUGCAGUACAGUGCCCGAGGCUCCCAGUCCUACUAUACCGUGGCCCACGCCAUCUCUGAGAGGGUGGAGAAGCAGUCGGCCCUCCUCAUUAAUGGAACCCUGAAGCAUUAUCAGCUCCAGGGCCUGGAAUGGAUGGUUUCUCUGUAUAAUAACAAUUUGAACGGAAUCUUAGCUGAUGAAAUGGGGCUGGGAAAGACCAUACAGACCAUUGCACUCAUCACUUAUCUGAUGGAGCACAAACGACUCAAUGGCCCCUAUCUCAUCAUUGUUCCCCUUUCGACUCUAUCUAACUGGACGUAUGAAUUUGACAAAUGGGCUCCUUCUGUGGUGAAGAUUUCUUACAAGGGCACCCCUGCCAUGCGUCGCUCUCUUGUCCCCCAGCUACGGAGUGGCAAAUUCAACGUCCUCCUGACUACUUAUGAGUACAUCAUAAAAGACAAGCACAUUCUUGCAAAGAUCCGGUGGAAAUACAUGAUAGUGGACGAAGGCCACCGCAUGAAGAAUCACCACUGCAAGCUGACGCAGGUCCUCAACACGCACUACGUGGCCCCCAGAAGGAUCCUCCUGACCGGGACCCCACUGCAGAAUAAGCUCCCGGAACUCUGGGCCCUCCUCAACUUCCUCCUCCCCACCAUUUUUAAGAGCUGCAGCACAUUUGAGCAGUGGUUUAAUGCACCGUUUGCCAUGACUGGAGAGAGGGUGGACUUAAAUGAAGAAGAAACUAUAUUGAUCAUCAGACGUCUGCAUAAGGUGUUGAGACCCUUCUUACUGAGGAGACUGAAGAAAGAAGUUGAAUCUCAGCUUCCAGAAAAGGUUGAGUAUGUGAUCAAAUGUGACAUGUCAGCUCUGCAGAAGAUUCUGUAUCGCCACAUGCAAGCCAAAGGGAUCCUCCUCACAGAUGGUUCAGAGAAAGAUAAGAAGGGGAAAGGAGGUGCUAAGACACUAAUGAACACCAUCAUGCAGUUGAGAAAGAUCUGCAAUCACCCAUAUAUGUUUCAGCACAUUGAGGAAUCUUUUGCUGAACACCUGGGCUAUUCAAAUGGGGUCAUCAAUGGGGCUGAGCUGUAUCGGGCCUCGGGAAAGUUUGAGCUACUUGAUCGUAUUCUGCCAAAAUUGAGAGCGACUAACCACCGCGUGCUGCUUUUCUGCCAGAUGACGUCCCUCAUGACCAUCAUGGAGGAUUACUUUGCUUUUCGGAACUUCCUUUACCUGCGCCUUGAUGGUACCACCAAGUCUGAAGAUCGUGCUGCUUUGCUAAAGAAAUUCAAUGAACCUGGGUCCCAGUAUUUCAUUUUCUUGCUGAGCACAAGAGCUGGAGGCCUGGGCUUGAAUCUCCAGGCCGCUGAUACUGUGGUCAUCUUCGACAGCGACUGGAAUCCUCAUCAGGACUUGCAGGCGCAGGACCGCGCUCACCGCAUUGGCCAGCAAAACGAGGUCCGUGUGCUGAGACUCUGCACCGUCAACAGCGUGGAAGAGAAGAUCCUCGCCGCCGCCAAGUACAAGCUGAAUGUGGAUCAGAAGGUGAUCCAGGCGGGCAUGUUUGAUCAGAAGUCUUCCAGCCAUGAGCGGAGGGCCUUCCUGCAGGCCAUACUGGAGCACGAAGAGGAAAAUGAGGAAGAAGAUGAAGUGCCCGACGACGAGACUCUGAACCAAAUGAUUGCUCGACGAGAGGAGGAAUUUGAUCUUUUUAUGCGCAUGGACAUGGACCGGCGGAGAGAGGAUGCCCGGAACCCGAAACGCAAGCCCCGCCUGAUGGAGGAAGACGAGCUGCCCUCGUGGAUUAUUAAAGAUGACGCCGAGGUGGAACGGCUGACGUGUGAAGAGGAGGAGGAGAAGAUCUUUGGGAGGGGGUCUCGCCAGCGGCGGGAUGUGGACUACAGCGAUGCCCUCACGGAGAAACAGUGGCUGAGGGCCAUUGAAGACGGCAAUUUGGAAGAAAUGGAAGAGGAAGUCCGGCUUAAGAAGCGAAAAAGACGAAGAAACGUGGAUAAAGAUCCUGCAAAAGAAGAUGUGGAGAAGGCCAAGAAGAGGAGAGGUCGCCCUCCAGCUGAGAAGCUGUCACCAAAUCCCCCUAAACUGACGAAGCAGAUGAAUGCUAUCAUCGACACGGUGAUAAACUACAAAGACAGGUGUAACGUGGAGAAGGUGCCCAGUAAUUCUCAGUUGGAAAUAGAAGGAAACAGUUCAGGGCGACAGCUCAGUGAAGUCUUCAUUCAGUUACCUUCAAGAAAAGAAUUACCAGAAUAUUAUGAAUUAAUUAGGAAACCGGUGGAUUUCAAAAAAAUAAAGGAAAGAAUUCGUAAUCAUAAGUACCGGAGCCUGGGUGACCUGGAGAAAGACGUCAUGCUCCUCUGUCACAAUGCUCAGACAUUCAACUUGGAGGGAUCCCAGAUCUAUGAAGACUCCAUCGUCUUACAGUCAGUGUUUAAGAGCGCUCGGCAGAAAAUUGCCAAAGAGGAAGAGAGUGAGGACGAAAGCAAUGAAGAGGAGGAAGAAGAAGAUGAAGAAGAGUCGGAGUCAGAGGCAAAAUCUGUUAAGGUGAAAAUCAAGCUCAAUAAAAAGGAUGAGAAAGGCCGGGACAAAGGAAAAGGCAAGAAAAGGCCAAACCGAGGAAAAGCCAAGCCCGUGGUGAGCGAUUUUGACAGCGAUGAAGAGCAGGAUGAGAAUGAACAAUCUGAAGCCAGUGGGACUGAUGAUGAGUGAUCACUACGGACAUUUUUUUCUUGGUAGAACGGAACUCCUUCUUCCCCUCUCUCGUCUCUACCCAGUGAGUUCAUUUCUCUUAUGGGCACUGGGUCGUUUCUAUAUCAUUAUCAUCUAUAAACUAGCUUUAGAAUAGUGCCAGACAAACAUAUGAUAUCAUGGUGUAAAAAAACACACACGCAUACACAAACCUUUGUAACAUAUUGUGACCAAAUGGGCCUCAAAGAAAAAAGCUUUUGAUGGAAAAAAUGUGGGUGGAUGGUAUAUUUCUAUGGGUGGGUCUAAUUUGGUAACAGUUUGAUUGUGCCUGGUUUUAUCACCUGUUCAAAUGAGAAGAUUUUUGUCUUUUUGUAGCACUGAUAACCAGGAGAAGCCAUUAAAAGCCACUGGUUAUUUUAUUUUUCAUCAGGCAAUUUUCAAGGUUUUUAUUUGUUUGGUAUUGUUUUUUUUUACACUGUGGUACAUAUAAGCAACUUUAAUAGGUGAUAAAUGUACAGUAGUUAGACUUCACCUACAUAGACAUUUUUCCAUUUUAUGCUCUAUGAUCUGAAAAAAAAAUGCUUUUUGAAUUGUAUAAGAUUUAUGUCUACUGUAAACAUUGCUUAAUUUUUUCGCUCUUGAUUUAAAAAAAAGUUUUGUUGAAAUCGCUAUUGAAUAUUGCAAUCUAUAUAGUGUAAUGGAUGGCUUCUUUUGUCAACCUUAUCUCCUAUGUUACCAACGUGUAUCGUCUCCUCCCUAAAGUGUACUUAAUCUUUGCUUUCUUUGCACAAUGUCUUUGGUUGCAAGUCAUAAGCCUGAGGCAAAUAAAAUUCCAGUAAUUUCCAAGAA